AUGAUUUCUGCAAUAACUUUACUUCUUUGCGUCAACUUGGCAUCUUCUAUACUUCCACUCAGUCUUCUAGUGCGAGAUUGCGAUCAGGUGGAAAAAAUCGAUAUCGACGGUGUAACAUCCUUCAUGAAUCCGAAUUUUCCAAGUAGCUACAAUCCUGGUACGAUUUGCCGUUGGGUUUUCGAAUGCCAUGUAGGAUAUGCCUGCCGACUUAUAUGCCGAAGUAUUGGACUGCCUUUAUCAGAGAACUGUUCCAUGGACAAAAUUCUAGUGUCUACCCAAUCAGGUGACCCAACGGUCGAUGGCUCCCGGGUAUAUUGUGGUGGAAUGACAAUUAACGCCAAGUCCGAAGGGGCGAGGAUCAGCAUGAUGUUAAUCGCGAGUGAAUCGUCACUUGGAGGUAGAUUUAUGUGUACAGUGAGAUCGGAGCCGGCAAUAUAUAGUCAAAGAGAAUAA